UAAUAAGUGUUUAUUGCAGAGCUAACAAUACAGGCAAAACAGGAAGCAGCUCUUUGCUGGGUAGGAUGCUCUGAGUCGCCCUCCACUCUCCAAGGGAACGCUCUUCAGCUGACUGAAGCAGGGGAGCCGAGCCAAUCAGAGGCCGCUUUCCUAGCUCAGUCACCAGUCUGUGGUUGAGGAAGGGUUUUGCUUUUUAUGCUCUGUAUUAGGAAGGCAGAUAAAAUGCCAGGUCUGGACUGCCUCUGGGGAUAACCUCACCCUGUGUGAUGUGAAUGAAUAGCAUCGUGCCCGGUAAAUCCACAGGAAUUGAUAAGGCAGUCGCAGUUCCUCCAAAUAGGCCUUUUCUAUCUUUUACUUUAGCUGUGGUUUCUGUAGCAAUUUUGUUUUUGCCUUGAAAGAGGUGCUCUGGAUUAUCAGACCUCCAUGUAUGACAAUUUGUACCUGCAUGGAAUUGAAGACUCGGAGGCUGGUUCAGCGGAUUCCUACACAAGCAGGCCGUCUGACUCCGAUGUCUCUUUGGAGGAGGACCGAGAAGCCAUUCGGCAGGAGAGAGAGCAGCAAGCAGCUAUCCAGCUUGAGAGAGCAAAGUCCAAACCUGUAGCAUUUGCUGUGAAGACGAAUGUGAGCUACUGUGGUGCCCUGGAUGAGGAUGUGCCUGUUCCAAGCACGGCCAUCUCCUUUGAUGCCAAGGACUUUCUACACAUUAAAGAGAAAUAUAACAAUGAUUGGUGGAUAGGAAGGCUGGUGAAAGAGGGCUGUGAGAUUGGCUUCAUCCCAAGUCCGCUUAGACUGGAGAACAUUCGGAUUCAGCAAGAACAAAAAAGAGGACGUUUUCACGGAGGGAAGUCAAGUGGAAAUUCUUCUUCAAGUCUUGGAGAAAUGGUGUCAGGGACGUUUAGAGCAACACCUACAUCAACAGCAAAACAGAAGCAAAAAGUGACGGAGCACAUUCCUCCUUACGACGUUGUGCCAUCAAUGCGUCCAGUGGUGUUAGUGGGGCCGUCACUGAAGGGUUAUGAGGUAACAGACAUGAUGCAGAAAGCCCUCUUUGAUUUCCUGAAGCACAGGUUUGAUGGGAGGAUAUCAAUAACCAGAGUGACUGCUGACAUUUCUCUUGCUAAGAGGUCUGUCCUAAAUAAUCCCAGCAAGAGAGCAAUAAUUGAACGUUCGAACACCCGGUCCAGCUUAGCCGAAGUACAGAGUGAAAUUGAACGAAUUUUUGAGUUGGCAAGAUCUUUGCAACUGGUUGUUCUUGAUGCGGACACCAUUAAUCACCCAGCACAACUUAUAAAGACUUCCUUAGCGCCAAUUAUUGUCCAUGUAAAAGUCUCAUCUCCAAAGGUUUUGCAGCGGUUGAUUAAAUCUAGAGGAAAGUCCCAAAGUAAACACUUAAAUGUUCAACUGGUGGCAGCUGAUAAACUUGCACAGUGUCCUCCAGAAAUGUUUGAUGUUAUACUGGAUGAAAAUCAGCUUGAGGAUGCGUGUGAACAUCUGGGAGAGUACCUUGAGGCAUACUGGCGUGCUACCCACACCACCAGUAGCACCCCUAUGACCCCUCUGCUUGGAAGGAAUUUAGGCUCAACAGCACUCUCACCAUAUCCUACAGCAAUUUCUGGGUUACAGAGUCAGCGUAUGAGGCACAGCAACCACUCCACAGAGAACUCUCCAAUUGAAAGACGAAGUUUAAUGACCUCCGAUGAAAAUUAUCACAAUGAAAGGGCUCGGAAGAGUAGGAACCGCUUGUCUUCCAGUUCCCAGCACAGCCGAGAUCAUUACCCUCUUGUGGAAGAAGAUUACCCUGAUUCAUAUCAGGACACUUACAAACCCCAUAGGAACCGAGGAUCACCUGGGGGAUAUAGCCAUGACUCCCGACAUAGGCUUUGAGUCUGCAGAAACAAACAAACAAAAAAUAUUCAUCUGUUGACAAUUUGCCAUAGCACUGCUAGGAUAAACAAAUCAUCUUAACUUGGCAGGUACAGCGCAGUGUUUACUGUGCUAUGGGCUGCUGUCAUUUGAUGCUAAGUAGGGGACAAAAAAAAAAAAUGUACAUUAUGCCCUUACUUUUAGAUGGAUAUUAGAUGCCCAAUCAUAUAGAUAUUUUUAAGUGCAACAUUUACAUAACAGUACCUUUUGUUUUCUUCAUUAGAUUUAGACACAUCAAUUUGUAAUUUA